AUGGAACACAUGCGACAAUUCCGUCGACAUCACGAGCAACUCAGGACAGUUAUCGUUCGAGUACUUAGACCUACGGUUCAUCAAAAUAAUAGUAACGCCACGUUGGAAAAUUCUGAUAACGAUAAGGUUGAAUUUGCUUUAAAUGCGGCAGAUGCAAACGCCAUCAACGAAGUAAAUUUGGCAUACGAGAACGUGAAAGAAAUCGAUUGCCUUGAUAUUACCAAAGAGGGUCUUGACUCCUGGAAAGCUGCUGUUCAUAGGUACGAAGAACGAAUCGAAAGAGGAAUACCAGACACAGUUAAUACAAAGAGUGAAAGACGACCCUCGUGGAAAUGUCCAGAUUUCUUCCCAUCUGUUUGCUCGCUGAUUCCGUCGCAACCCUUGCAUAGAGACGCCGUUAUAAACGCUUGCGUUUACGUUCACCAAACGUUGCACAAGGCCAACGCUAGACUGGCAAAACGAGGCAGCAGAACCAUGGCGAUCACACCGCGUCAUUACUUGGACUUCAUCAAUCAUUUCGUGAAAUUGUAUCAGGAGAAGAGGAGCGACUUGGAGGAACAGCAAUUGCAUCUGAACGUCGGUUUAAGUAAAAUCGCGGAAUCGGUGGAACAGGUGGAAGAAAUGCAAAAAAGCUUGGCUAUCAAAUCUCAGGAACUGCAUGCAAAGAAUGAAAAGAGAGACGACGUUAUGGCUGAUUUAGCACAAGUCGAACCAGCUGUCAUCGACGCACAAAACGCUGUGAAAUCGAUAAAGAAACAACAUUUAGUCGAAGUUCGGUCUAUGGCAAAUCCGCCGGCAAUCGUGAAGGUCGCGUUGGAGUCUAUCUGCUUAUUGCUCGGUGAAAAUGCCAGUGAUUGGAAAUCUAUCCGCGCUGUCAUCAUGAGGGACAAUUUUAUCAAUACUAUUGUCUCUAAUUUCAGUACCGAGGACAUUACCGAUGAGGUGAGAGAGAAAAUGAAGAGUCGCUACCUAAGCAAUCCCGACUACAACUUUGAAAAAGUUAAUCGAGCCAGCUUGGCUUGCGGACCUCUCGUCAAAUGGGCUAUUGCACAGAUUGAAUAUGCAGACAUGUUGAAACGCGCAGAGCCUCUGAGAGACGAGCUCCACUCGCUGGAACGACAGGCUGAAACGAACAUGCAGAAAGGCGAAGAAGUGAAAAAUUUAAUCGUUCAACUCGAGCAAAGUAUAGCCUCGUACAAGGAAGAAUAUGCUCAGCUAAUUUCUCAAGCUCAAGCUAUCAAAGCUGACUUGGAGAGCGUGCAAGCCAAAGUCGAUCGUUCUAUCGCUUUACUCAAAUCCUUGGUAAUCGAAAGGGAACGAUGGGAAGCGACGAGCGAAACAUUCAAGAGUCAAAUGUCCACGAUAAUCGGAGGUCUUUUGUCGUCCGCCUUCCUGGCUUAUGCUGGGUAUUUCGACCAACACUACCGGCAAAAUUUGUUUAGUACUUGGUGUGAACAUCUACAACACGCUAAUCUACAAUUCCGACCUGAUAUAGCUAGAACGGAAUAUCUCUCUAAUCUCGACGAGCGAUUGAGGUGGCAAGCUAACGCGCUGCCAACAGACGAUCUUUGCAAUGAAAAUGCCAUCAUGCUGAAACGCUUCAACAGAUAUCCGUUGAUCAUCGAUCCAUCUGGACAAGCAACUGAAUUUAUAAUGAAUGAAUUCAAGGAUCGAAAGAUCACCAAGACGAGCUUCUUGGACGACUCGUUCGACGUCGACUUCGACGACAGGAAGAAUCUUGAGAGCGCUCUUCGUUUUGGCAAUCCCCUAUUGGUGCAAGAUGUCGAAAAUUACGAUCCGAUAUUAAAUCCUGUACUCAACAGAGAAUUAAGAAGGACAGGCGGACGUGUACUCAUCACUCUUGGUGAUCAGGAUAUCGAUCUUUCGCCGUCUUUCGUGAUUUUCUUGUCCACGAGAGACCCAACGGUCGAGUUCCCGCCGGAUAUUUGUUCUCGUGUCACCUUCGUUAACUUCACCGUUACUAGAAGCUCUCUACAGAGUCAGUGUUUGAAUCAAGUCUUGAAAGCCGAGCGACCCAACAUAAACGAAAAGAGAUCCGACUUGUUGAAGUUGCAAGGUGAAUUCCAUUUGCGACUACGGCAGCUCGAGAAAUCGUUGCUUCAAGCACUGAACGACGCCAAGGGAAAGAUUCUCGACGAUGAUUCUGUGAUAACUACCCUCGAAACAUUGAAACAAGAAGCUGCUGACAUUAGCAAGAAGGUCGAGGAGACGGAUAAAGUGAUAGCAGAAAUUGAAACGGUUUCUCAGCAAUAUAUGCCUUUGUCUCAAGCCUGUUCAAACAUGUACUUCACGAUGGACAGUUUGAAUCAAGUACACUUCUUAUACCAGUAUUCCCUGCAAAUGUUUUUGGACGUUUUCACAUCCGUUUUGUCUCAGAACCAAAGACUGACCAAUAUUACCGAUUAUACUCAGCGGUUGUCCGUUAUUAUCAGCGACUUAUUCUCUGCCUGUUACGAGCGCGUUGGACGUGGAAUGUUGCACACGGAUAGAUUAACAUUUGCAUUGUUAUUGUGCAGAAUACAUUUGAAAGGAAUCGCCACGGAAUCCACGUACAACAGAUUCACGUUCUUCUUGCGGGGCAAAGAAGGCGUUCUAAAUAUUCGAGGACCUCUUGCACCUAAUCUAAGCUCGGAGCAGCAGGAAGCCAUGAUGCGAUUGAGUCUCAGGUUGCCAGCUUUCAAACUCUCCGUGAAGAUUCAAGAGAACGCGGAGUUCAACGCGUAGUUGCAAUCACCGACCCCAGAGACCUGUGUCCCGAAACUUUGGGACGAAGAGAAGCCACUGACUCCUAUAGGAACGUCUAUGCACCAGUUGUUAGUGAUUCAAGCCUUCAGACCUGACCGCGUAACAGCCGCUGCGACUCUGGUCGUAACAUCUGCUUUGAGAGAAUCCUUCAUGGCCGCCGCAGAAGCUGAACUCGAUUUUGCUUCAGUUGUGGAGAAUGAACUUAAAGCCACAGUUCCUGCUUUGCUAUGCUCGGUGCCUGGUUUCGACGCCUCCGGUAGGGUUGAUGAUCUGGCUGCCGAGUCUGGCAAACAGAUAGCCAGCAUUGCUAUAGGGUCUUCGGAAGGAUUCAAUCAAGCCGACAGAGCGAUAAACAUGGCUGUUAAAGCUGGUAGAUGGGUAUUAUUGAAGAACGUUCACUUAGCCCCACAAUGGUUGGUGCAACUCGAAAAGAAAUUGCAUAGUCUGCAACCACACGCCAGCUUCAGACUGUUCUUGACCAUGGAGAUCAAUCCUAAAGUACCUGUGAAUCUGCUCAGAGCUGGUAGAAUAUUCGUCUUCGAGCCACCACCUGGCAUCAGAGCAAAUCUGCUACGAACGUUCAGCACUAUACCCGCGUCGAGAAUGAUGAAAGCACCCAACGAAAGAGCUCGUCUCUAUUUCUUGUUAGCGUGGUUCCACGCCAUCGUUCAAGAACGUCUUCGUUACGCACCAUUAGGAUGGGCCAAACAUUAUGAAUUCAACGAAAGCGACUUAAGAGUAGCUUGCGAUACUCUGGAUACGUGGAUAGAGACCACCGCCAUGGGUAGAACUAACUUACCUCCGGAGAAAGUGCCUUGGGAUGCUGUGGUGACGCUACUUUCUCAAUGUAUAUACGGUGGAAAGAUCGAUAAUGAUUUCGACCAACGUCUGCUGACGUUCCUUCGAAAACUCUUUACACCGAGGUCCUUCGAAGCAGACUUCGCGCUAGUUGCUAACAUCGAUGCAUCUCAAGCAAGUCAAAGAAAUAUUACCAUGCCUGAUGGUACGAGGCGCGACCAUUUUCUGAAGUGGAUCGAAUCGCUGUCCGAUAGACAAACACCUUCCUAGCUCGGGCUACCCAACAACGCCUCCCUAGUAACAAACCAUAACUAA